AUGGGUGCGCCGAAGCAGAAGUGGACGUCGGAGGAGGAGGAGGCGCUGCGGCGCGGCGUGCUCAAGCAUGGCGCUGGCAAGUGGCGCACCAUCCAGAAGGACCCCGAGUUCAGCCCCGUCCUUUCCUCUCGCUCCAACAUCGACCUCAAGGACAAAUGGAGGAAUUUGAGUUUUAGUGCAAGUGGACUAGGUUCAAGGGAUAAACAAAGGGUUCCAAGGCCGAAAGCACCUUCGUCCUCCCCAUCACCUAGCCCGCAGCUUCUGCUUCUCCCAGCAACGAAUAAUGUUGCUGAGGCUUCUCCACCAGAAGAUUGUGAAAAGAGCCCACAGGAUGACAAGACUCCAAGUCCAAAGUUGUACAGUUCCAUGAUCCUGGAAGCUCUCGGCGAACUGAAAGAGCCAAAUGGUUCAGAAGUUACUACAAUUUGCAAUUUCAUAGAGCAAAGGCAUGAGGUGCAACCAAAUUUUAGAAGGUUGCUUUGUGCGAAAUUACGAAGGCUUAUAGGCGUGAACAAAGUUGAGAAGAUUGAUAAGUCCUAUAAGCUGACGGAUUCAUAUGCAAAAAGGGCUCUGGCUCCAAUGAAAGAUCCAUCUCUAAAGAAGAAGGAUUCAGCCAAGUCAUCCAAGGCAGCAAAGGGUCAAGGCCUGUUUACCGCUGCGAGCCCUGCACUGGGCGCGGCUGAAGCUGCAGCGACGAAAGUAGCCGAUGCGGAGGCCAAAUCGCACCUCGCAAACGAGCACAUGAUGGAGGUUGAAAGGAUCGGCAAGAUGGCCGAGGAGACCGAGUCUCUCCUCGAGCUCGCCUCAGAGCUCUACGAGCGAUGUUCAAGAGGAGAGGUGCUCACAAUACUGCAAGUGGCGCACAGGGAGUUUUGA